AUGAAGCCCAACUGUUGGUGGGACGCGGAAGAACAGGUGUGUAAGCCGUGCUCCUGCAGCCGUGCAGGGGCCAUGUCCCAGCGCUGUGACCUGGAGGGACGUUGUAUCUGUAAGCCCGGCUUCGUGGGCCACCGCUGUGACCUGAGCAGUCAGGGUUACGAGCGCCGGGAGACGCGCAGGCCAGUAGAGAGGGUCCCACUGCAGCAGAUCCAACGCUGGGGCUUGUCCCACUCUGGGCGCUGUCCCCGGGGAGCCUACCGCCCCUCAGCGGUAAAGACAGUAAUGAUCCGCAGCACGGAGUGUUUUAGUGUGUCCCAAGCCUGUGUAACAGAUGUCCAGCGAAGACAAGAAGACUGGUCUCGGCACCAGUGUAACAGAUAUGAUCGUACUUUGUAACUCUUUUGCGUUGUGUUUUUAAAGAAAGGAAUGCCCAACCAGCAGUCCCAGUUGAUUGGUGUUUAUUCUGAUGAUAGACACAAGGAAGCACAUUAGAUGUGCAGGACAACAGUAUGUUGAUGGCUGUAGAUUCGUGAUGCAUGGAAAUAACUGUGAAUUAGCUAAUGUGGGGGCUAAUGUGACCAUUACAUCUCAAGCAUGCUAGCUAAUUCACUCUUACAGCAAUAACAUACAAAGCACAUCCCAGGAUGCCCCCAAUAUCUAAUAGAGACCAUACACAUAUAUAGUGCUGUGAAAAAGUAUUUGCCCCCUUUCUGAUUUUCUCUAUUUUUGCAUGUUUUUGAUACUGAAUGUUAUCAGAUCUUCAACCAAAACCUAAUAUUAGAUAAAAGGAACCUGCAUUUACAAAUAACAAUGUAUUUAUUUAAUUAACAAAGUUAUGCAACACCUAAUUCCCCUGUGUGAAAAGUAAUUGCCCCCUUACACUCAAUAACUGGUUGUGCCACCUUUACACCUUUAGCUGCAAUGACUGCAAUAAAAUGCUUGCGUAGUUGUUGAUCAGUCUCUCAAGUUGUUGUGGAGGAAUUUUGGCACACUCUUGCAUGCAGAACUGCUUUAACUCAGUGACAUUUGUGGGUUUUCAAGCAUGAACUGCUCUUUCAAGUCUUGCCACAACAUCUCAAUUGGGAUUAGGAUUAGGUCUGGACUUUGACUAGGCCAUUCUAAAACUUCAAAUGUGUUGCUUUUUAACCAUUUUCAUGUGGACUUGAUUGUGUGUUUUGGAUCAUUGUCUUGCUGCAUGACCCAGCUGCGCUUCAGCUUCAGCUCACAGAUGGAUGGCCUGACAUUCUCCUGUAGAAUUCUCUGAUACAAAGCAGAAUUCAUGGUUCCUUCUAUUAAGGUAAGUUGUCCAGGUCCCGAGGCAGCAAAGCAUCCCCAAACCAUCACACUACCACCACCAUGCUUGACCGUUGGUUUAAGGUUCUUACUGUUGAAUGCAGUGUUUGGUUUUCGACAGGCAUAAUGGGACCCAUGUCGGCCUUGCACAGGAAGUCCAGGACCCAAUUGCAUAGGGAGGAGUUCAGACCCAGGGCCGUGAGCUUUGUGGUGAGCUUAGAGGGCACUAUGGUACUGAAGGCUGAGCUGUAGUCUGAACAGCAUCCUCACAUAUGCAUUCCUUUUGUCCAGAUGGGUGAGGGCAGUGUGCAUUGCAAUGGCAAUUGUGUCAUCAGUGGAUCUGUCAGGGCGGUAGGCGAAUUGGAGAGGGUCGAGUGUGUCGGGGAGGGAGAGGUGAUGUGAUCUUUGACAAGCCUCUCAAAGCACUUCAUGAUGACGGAGGUGAGUGCUACGGCUCGGUAGUCAUUCAGUUCAGUUACUUUCCCUUUCUUGGGCCCUGGGAUGAUGAUACUGGACAUCUUGAAGCAGCUGGGGAUAGUGCUAGCAGAUAUCCAUAGACUUAGACUCUGCUUUCUGCCCCGAUUUUGCCUAGCCUGAUUUUACAAAGAGCUGUGUCUCAAGUCAAGGACGUAGAGAGGCCGGUGUUAGCAAGACUAGGUUUUACCUGCACCUGUUACUGAAUAGCCAUAUGUGAUAGACUGUACAUAAUAACAGAUAUUUGAAAUGAGCUAGUCCUAUAUACAUAAAUGAGCUAGCUGUAAGGCUACUGUAUGAAUGUAUAUUAACUAUUAUGUACAGUAUGUACAGGUAACUGCCAAAAUAAAGGAAACACCAACAUAAAGUGUCUUAAUAGGACGUUGGGCCACUGCGAGCCGCCAGAACAGCUUCAAUGCACCUUGGAAUAGAUUCUACAAGUGUCUGGAACUCUAUUGGAGGGAUGCAACACCAUUCUUCAACAAGAAAUUCCAUCUUUUGGUGUUUUGUUGAUGGAAAAUGCUGUCUCAGGCGCCACUCCAGAAGCUACAUUUUACAUUUACAUAAUUUAGCAGACUUACAGGAGCAGUUAGGGUUAAGUACUUUGCUCAAGGUCACAUCGACAGAUUUUUCACCUAGUUGGCUUGGAGAUUCGAACCAGCAACCUUUUGGUUACUGGCCCAAAGCUCUUAAGGGGAUACUUUCGGAUUUUGGCAAUGAGGCCCUUUAACUUCUUCCCCAGUGUCAGAUUCAUUUGUGGAUACCAUUUUAUGUCUCUGUGUACAGCAUGAAGGAAGUUAGAGGUAGUUUUGUGAGCCAAUGCUAACUAGCAUUAGCACAAUGACUGGAAGUCUAUGGGUAACGCUAGUUAGCAAUUGCGCUAGUUAGCAACUUCCUUCAAACUGCACGCAGAGACAUAAAAAUGGUAUCCACAAGUUCAUCCGACUCUGGGGAAGUAUAUAAAGGGCUUCAUUACCCAAGCCCUGAAGCAUAAUUUGUUGUUUUAUUGAUGGUGGUGGAAAAACCUGUUUCAGGUGCCGCUCCAGAAUCUCCUAUAAGAGAUCAAUUGGGUUGAGAUCUGGUGACUGAGACGGCCAUGGCAUGUGGGUUACAUAAUUUUCAUGCUAAUCAAAACACUGCGUUAGCACUCGUGCCCUGUGGAUGGGGGCAUUGUCAUCCUAUGGGGCAUAGCCAUGUUAGCCAAAACAAUGGCCUGCCCAGCAUUUUUAUACAUGACUCUAAGCAUGAUGGGAUGUUAAUUGCUUAAUUAACUCAGGAACCACACCUGUGUGAAAGCAGCUGCUUUCAAUAUACAGAUGAAGUCGGAAGUUUACAUACACCUUAGCCAAAUACAUUUAAACUCAGUUUUUCACAAUUCCUGACAUUUAAUCCUAGUAAAAGUUCCCUGUCUUAGGUCAGUUAGGAUCACCACUUUAUUUUAAGAAUGUGAAAUGUCAGAUUAAUAGUAGAGAGAAUGAUUUAUAACAGUUUUUAUUUCUUUCAUCACAUUCCCAGUGGGUCAGAAGUUUACACACACUCAAUUAGUGUUUGGUAGCAUUGCCAUUAAAUUGUUUAACUUGGGUCAAACGUUUUGGGCAGCCUUCCACAAGCUUCCCACAAUAAGUUGGGUGAAUUUUAGCCCAUUCCUCCUGACAGAGCUGGUGUAACUGAGUCAGGUUUGUAGGCCUCCUUGCUCACACACGCUUUUACUGUUCUGCCCACAAAUAUUCUAUAGGAUUGAGGUCAGGGCUUUGUGAUGGCCACUCCAAUACCUUGACUUUGUUGUCCUUAAGCCAUUUUGCCACAACUUUGGAAGUAUGCUUGGGGUCAUUGUCCAUUUGGAAGACCCAUUUGCGACCAAGCUUUAACUUCCUGACUGAUGUCUUGAGAUGUUGCUUCAAUAUAUCCACAUAAUUUUCCUUCCUCAUGAUGCCAUCUAUUUUGUGAAGUGCAACAAAGUACCCCCACAGCAUGAUGCUGCCACCCCCGUGCUUCACAGUUGGGAUGGCGUUCUUCGGCUUGCAAGACCCCCCUUUUUCCUCCAAACAUAAAGAUGGUCAUUAUGGCCAAACAGUUAUAUUUUUGUUCUAUCAGACCAGAGGACAUUUCUCCAAAAAGUCUGGCUUUUUUAUGGCGGUUUUGGAGCAGUGGUUUCUUCCUUGCUGAGCGGCCUUUCAGGUUAUGUCAAUAUAGGACUCGUUUUACUGUGGAUAUAGAUACUUUUGUACCUGUUUCCUCCAGCAUCUUCACAAGGUCCUUUGCUGUUGUUCUGGGAUUGAUUUGCACUUUUCGCACCAAAGUACGUCUCCUUCCUGAGCGGUAUGAUGGCUGCGUGGUCCCAUGGUGUUUAAACUUGCGUACAAUUUUUUGUACAGAUGAACGUGGUACCUUCAGGCAUUUGGAAAUUGCUCCCAAGGAUGAACCAGACUUGUGGAGGUCUACAAUAAUUUUUCUGAGGUCUUGGCUGAUUUCUUUUGAUUUUCCCAUGAUGUCAAGCAAAGACGCACUGAGUUUGAAGGAAGGCCUUGAAAUACAUCCACAGGUACACCUCCAAUUGACAGAAAUUAUGUAAAUUAGCCUAUCAGAAGCUUCUAAAGCCAUGACAUAAUUUUCUGGAAUUUUCCAGACUGUUUAAAUGCACAGUCAACUUAGUGUAUGUAAACUUCUGACCCACUGGAAUUGUGAUACGGUGAAUUAUAAGUGAAAUAAUGUCUGUAAACAAUUGUUGGAAAAAUUACUGGUGUCAUGCACAUAGUAGAUGUCCUAACCGACUUGCCAAAACUAUAGUUUGUUAACAAGAAAUUUGUGGAGUGGUUGAAAAUCGAGUUUUAAUGACUCCAACCUAAGUGUAUGUAAACUUCCGACUUCAACUGUAAGUGAGAUUUGUCACACCACGUCAAAAAGUCCUCGAAGACUGGCCCGUACUCAUCUUAGUCACCCUGGAGACUGACCAGUGCUGUGCCAUCUGCAAACUUUAGCAGGUGUUUACCAGGGUAGGAGCUUUUGCAGUCAUUAGUGUACAAGAUGUACAACAGCGGAGAAAGUACACAGGCUUGAGUAGAUCCCACGAUAGUGGUGCGCUUGUCCGACAUCCACUGUCCCAUCUUGACCUGCUGUGUCCUAUUGCUAAGGAAAUCAAGGAUCCACAGCACCAGGCCUUCAUCUAAUGAGAAAUUGUAUAUCAGUCUCUGAGCCAAGGUGGAGGCCUGGAUUGUAUUAAUAAAACCUGAGGAGAAAUCAACAAAUAAGACCUUAGCAUUGCAUUUGGCUCUUCAUAUAAAAACAAUUGUUUAAUUGCCCUCUAAUCAAGGCUUGCCCUUUACGCUGUGAUAAUUAAUAAUCCAGCCUACGUUACGGCCUUCAUCUUAAUUGAACUCUUUCUUUAAAAGUUCAGUUAUUUCACCAUGGUCUGUGGUCGCUGUUAUGAAGUACAGUACCAGUCAAAAGUUUGGACACUCAUUCAAGGGUUUUUCUUUAUUUUUACUAUUUUCUACAUUGUAGAAUAAUAGUGAAGAUAUUAAACAUAUGACAUAACACAUAUGGAAUCAUGUAGUAACCAAAAAAGUGUUAAACAAAUCAAAAGAUAUUUCAGAUUUGAGAUUAUUCAAAUAGCCACCCUUUGCCUUUUAAUGUCCUGUGUAGCUCAGUUGGUAGAGCAUUGCGCUUGCAACGCCAGGGUUGUGGGUUUGAUUCCCACGGGGGGGCAGAAUGAAAAUGUAUGCACUCACUAACUGUAAGUCUCUCUGGAUAAGAGUGUCUGCUAAAUGACAAAUAAAAUAAAUAAAUAAUGAAAAUAAAAAACCACCUGUAACCAUGACCACUCUGGUGCUGAAUCACUUUUAGAUUCUGAUUCUUCUGAAUCACUUUCUGCCACAUACAAAUGACAUGGUUCAACUGUCUGGUUCCUGAAUCUGUUGUCCAUAUGUGUUGCAUAUAAAUGACAUGGUUCAACUGUCUGGUUCCUGAAUCUGUGGUCCAUAUGUACCUACAUAGCACAACUUUCCUACAAGGUGAAAAUGUGUUUUAAAACAGCUCUGUAAAUUGAAGUACUGUUGAAUGCUCAUGAUAUAUUGUCACGACUGUCUGUGAGAUGCGGUAAACGAAGUCAGACGCAGGACACAGAACUCUCGGAUACGUACUUUUAAUACGAAAAGGAUCCAAAAGGACACAGAAAAUAACUCCACGCAGGGAGGAAAUAACCCGCUCACAAAAUAGACAACCGUGAAGGGGAAAACAAUCACACACAAAGUACAGAUGAGAGACAGGGGUAAUUAUAAGGGAAACAAUUAACAUAAUGACGAACAGGUGUAAACAAUACAGACAAAACUAAACAGACACCGAUAACAUCGAACGGCAGUAGCUAGUACUCCGGGGACGACGAACGCCGAAGCCUGCCCGAGCAAGGAGGAGGAGCAGCCUCGGCAGAAUCCGUGACAUAUAUAUAUAUAUAUAUAUAUAUAUAACAGAUUUGCACACCCUUGGCAUUCUCUCAACCAGCUUCACCUGGAAUGCUUUUCCAACAGUCUUGAAGGAGUUCCCACAUAUGCUGAGCACUUGUUGGCUGCUUUUCCUUCACUCUGCCGUCUGACUCAUCACAAACCAUCUCAAUUGGGUUGAGGUCGGGGGAUUGUGGAGGUCAGGUCAUCUGAUCCUCAACACGGGGGCCCCUCAGGGGUGCGUGCUCAGUCCCCUCCUGUACUCCCUGUUCACUCAUGACUGCAUGGCCAGGCACGACUCCAACACCAUCAUUAAGUUUGCAGAUGACACAACAGUGGUAGGCCUGAUCACCGACAACGACGAGACAGCCUAUAGGGAGGAGGUCAGAGACCUGGCCGUGUGGUGCCAGGACAACAAACUCUCCCACAACGUGAUCAAGACAAAGGAGAUAAUUGUGGACUACAGGAAAAAGAAUAGGACUGAUCAUGCCCCCAUUCUCAUUGAUGGGGCUGUAGUGAAGCAGGUUGAGAGCUUUAAGUUCCUUGGUGUCCACAUCACCAACAAACUAACAUGGUCCAGCACACCAAGACAGGUGUGAAGACGGCACAACAAAACCUACUAAGGAGACUGAAAAUAUUUGGCAUGGGUCCUCAGAUCCUCAAAAGGUUCUACAGCUGCACCAUCGAGAGCAUCCUGACUGGUUGCAUCAAUGCCUAGUAUGGCAACUGCUCGGCCUCCGACCGCAAGGCACUAAAGAGGGUAGUGCGCACGGCCCAGUACAUCACUGGGGCUAACCUUCCUGCCAUCCAGGACCUCUAUACCAGGCAGUGUCAGAGGAAGGCCCUAAAAAUUGUCAAAGACUCCAGCCAGCCUAGUCAUAGACUGUUCUCUCUGCUAGGUCUAGGUCCAAGAGGCUUCUAAACAGCUUCUACCCCCAAGCCAUAACACUCCUGAACAUCUAAUCAAAUGGCUACCCAGACUAUUUGCAUUGCCCCCCCCCCCCCCCUCUUUUUUACGCUGCUGCUACUCUCUGUUUAUUAUCUAUGCAUAGUCACUUUAAUAACUCUACCUACAUGUACAUAUUACCUCAAUUACCUCGACAAACCGGCCCCCGCACAUUGACUCGGUACCGUUACCCCCUGUGUAUAGCCUCGCUAUUGUUAUUUUUACGGCUGCUCUUUUAUUUCAUAUUAUUUUAUAUUGUAUUUUUUGGUUGUUGAUUUUUUUUGUGGUAUUUUUCUUAAAACUGCAAUGUUGGUUAAGGGCUUGUAAGUAAGCAUUUCACUGUAAGGUCUACACCUGUUGUAUUCGACUCAUGUGACAAAUAACAUUUGAUUUGAUUUGAUGCGCACUCCAUCCCUCUCCUUCUUGGUAAAAUAGCCCUUACACAGCCUGGAGGUGUGUUGGGUCAUUGUCCUGUUGAAAAACGAAUGAUAGUCCCACUAAGCCCAAACCAGAUGUGAUGGCAUAUCGCUGCAGAAUGCUGUGGUAUCAAAUCAAAUCAAAUCAAAUCAAAUUGUAUUGGUCACAUGCGCCGAAUACAACAGGUGCAGACAUCACAGUGAAAUGCUUACUUACAGCCCUUAACCAACAGUGCAUUUAUUUUUAACAAAAAAGUAAAAAUAAAACAACAACAAAAAAAGUGUUGAGAAAAAAAAGAGCAGAAGUAAAAUAAAAUAACAGUAGGGAGGCUAUAUAUACAGGGGGGUACCGUUGCAGAGUCAAUGUGCGGGGGCACCGGCUAGUUGAGGUAAUAUGUACAUGUGGGUAGAGUUAAAGUGACUAUGCAUAAGUAAUUAACAGAGUAGCAGCAGCGUAAAAAAGGAUGGGGUGGGGGGGCAGUGCAAAUAGUCCGGGUAGCCAUGAUUAGCUGUUCAGGAGUCUUAUGGCUUGGGGGUAGAAGCUGUUGAGAAGUCUUUUGGACCUAGACUUUGCACUCCGGUACCGCUUGCCGUGUGGUAGCAGAGAGAACAGUCUAUGACUAGAGUGGCUGGAGUCUUUUACAAUUUUGAGGGCCUUCCUCUGACACCGCCUGGUAUAGAGGUCCUGGAUGGCAGGAAGCUUGGCCCCAGUGAUGUACUGGGCCGUAUGCACUACCCUCUGUAGUGCCUUGCGUUCGGAGGCCAAGCAGUUGCCAUACCAGGCGGUGAUGCAACCAGCCAGGAUGCUCUCGAUGGUGCAGCUGUAGAAUUUUUUGAGGAUCUGAGGACCCAUGCCAAAUCUUUUCAGUCUCCUGAGGGGGAAUAGGCUUUGUCGUGCCCUCUUCACGACUGUCUUGGUGUGUUUGGACCAUGAUAGUUCGUUGGUGAUGUGGACACCAAGGAACUUGAAGCUCUCAACCUGUUCCACUACAGCCCCGUCGAUGAGAAUGGGGGCAUGCUCAGUCCUCUUUUUUUUCCUGUAGUCCACAAUCAUCUCCUUUGUCUUGGUCACGUUGAGGGAGAGGUUGUUGUCCUGGCACCACACGGCCAGGUCUCUGACCUCCUCCCUAUAGGCUGUCUCAUCGUUGUCUGUGAUCAGGCCUACCACUGUUGUGUCGUCGGCAAACUUAAUGAUGGUGUUGGAGUCGUGCCUGGCCAUGCAGUCAUGGGUGAACAGAGAGUACAGGAGGGAACUGAGCACGCACCCCUGAGGGGCCCCCGUGUUGAGGAUCAGUGUGGCAGAUGUGUUGUUACCUACCCUUACCACCUGGGGGCGGCCCGUCAGGAAGUCCAGGAUCCAGUUGCAGAGGGAGGUGUUUAGUCCCAGGAUCCUUAGCUUAGUGAUGAGCUUAGAGGGCACUAUGGUGUUGAAUGCUGAGCUGUAGUCAAUGAAUAGCAUGCUCACGUAGGUGUUCCUCUUGUCCAGGUGGGAAAGGGCAGUGUGGAGUGCAAUAGCGAUUGCAUCAUCUGUGGAUCUGUUGGGGCGGUAUGCAAAUUGGAGUGGGUCUAGGGUUUCUGGGAUAAUGCUGUUGAUGUGAGCCAUGACCAGCCUUUCAAAGCACUUCAUGGCUACAGACGUCAGUGCUACGGGUCGGUAGUCAUUUAAGAAGGUUAUCUUAGAGUCCUUGGGCACGGGGACUAUGGUGGCCUGCUUGAAACAUGUUGGUAUUACAGACUCAGUCAGGGACAUGUUGAAAAUGUCAGUGAAGACACUUGCCAGUUGGUCAGCACAUGCUCGGAGUACACGUCCUGGUAAUCCGUCUGGCCCUGCGCCUUGUGAAUGUUGACCUGCUUAAAAGUCUUACUCACAUCGGCUACGGAGAGCGUGAUCACAUAGUCAUCCGGUAGCCAUGCUGGUUAAGUGUCAGUGUUUUAUUCUAAAUAAAACACUGACAGUGUCAACAGCAAAGCACCUCCACACCAUAACACCUCCUCCUCCAUGCUUUACGGUGGGAACUACACAUGCAGAGAUCAUCCGUUCACCCACACCGCAUCUCACAAAGACCCGGUGGUUGGAACCAAAAAUCUCCAAUUUGGACUCCAGACCAAAGGACAAAUUUCCACCGGUCUAAAGUCCAAUGCUUGUGUUUCUUGGCCCAAACAGGUCUCUUCUUAUUAUUGGUGUCCUUUAGUAGUGGUUUCUUUGCAGCAAUUCGACCAUGAAGGCCUGAUUCACACAGUCCCCUCUGAACAGUUGAUGUUGAGAUGUGUCUGGGACUUGAACUCUGUGAAGCAUUUAUUUGGGCUGCAAUUUCUGAGGCUGGUAACUCUAAUGAACUUAUCCUCUGCAGCAGAGGUAACUCUGGGUCUUCCAUUCCUGUGGCAGUCUUCAUGAGAGCCAGUUUCAUCAUAGCGCUUGAUGUCUUUUGCGACUGCACUUGAAUAAACUUUUAAAGUUCUUGAAAUGUUCCGUAUUGACUGACCUUCAUGUCUUAAAGUAAUGAUGGACUGUCGUUUGUCUUUGCUUAUUUUAGCUGUUCUUGUCAUAAUAUGGACUUGGUCUUUUAUCUUCUGUAUACCACCCCUACCUUGUCACAACACAACCAAUUGGCUCAAACUGUCACGGAUUCUGCCGAGGCUGCUCCUCCUCCUUGCUCGGGCAGGCUUCGGCGUUCAUCGUCCCCGGAGUACUAGCUGCUGCCGAUCUGUGUUUCGGUGUUUGUCUUGUUCAGUCUUGAGUGUUUACACCUGUUCGCUAUUAUGUUUGAUUGUAGUCCCUAUAUUUACCCCUGUCUCUCGUUUGGUCAAUUGUGUGUUAUUGUUUUGUUUCCCGUAAGGUCGGCAUUGCUGUGUCGUAUGCGUGUCAUUGUUUCCUCCCUGUUAGGAGGUUUUGUUUUGUAUGUUCUUUUACUGGUUAGUAAAGUACGUCUGCCAGUAGCUCUGUGUCCUGCGCUUGACUUCGCUCACCGCAUACACGUCGCCUUUGACAGAAUAACACACCACACAUGGAGUCAGCAGGAUCGGCGGUGCCAACGGGAUCACUGGAGGAGCGCGUUAUCCAACAAGCGGCCAUGAUCCAGGAUCUUGGCACCGCCAUGCAAGGGGUGAUGGACACCUUGAGGCGAUGGGAAAGAGGAGGUUUGCCCACACCUCCUCCAACGAUACCACCACCAUCAGCCAUACCCAUCGUUUCACCUCCGGAGUCCAGUGGGAUUUGGCUCUCGCUCCCGAGGGCUUAUGAUGGCACCGCGGCCGGGUGUCAGGGUUUCCUGCUCCAAGUGGAACUCUACCUGGCAACCAUCCACCCGGUGCCCUCGGGAUACGAGAGCGUUUCCGCCCUCAUCUCCUAUCUGUCCAGCAAGGCACUGGAGUGUGCCAACGCCGAGUGGAGGGGAAUAGACGCCGCUACAGUCAGCUAUGCAGAGUUCUCCCGCCGCUUCAGGGCGGUUUUCGAUCAUCCCCCAGAGGGGAAAGCGGCGGGUGAGCGUCUGUUCCACCUCAGACAGGGGAAGAGGAGCGCGCAGGAGUUCGCACUGGACUUCCGGACUCUGGCUGCCAAUGCGGGAUGGAAUGAGAGGGCCCUCAUCGACCACUACAGGUGCAGCCUAAGGGAGGACGUUCGCCGAGAGUUGGCCUGCAGGGACACCAACCUAAGUUUCGAUCAGCUGGUGGACAUGUCGAUUCGUCUAGAUACCCUGUUGCCUACCCGCGGACGUCCGGAGUUGGGGCCGUCCAUUCAAUCCCCCAGCACCUCCGAGCCGAGCCCUAUGGAGCUCGGGGGUGCUGGUGCUAGAGAGAAGAUGAGAGAGACCAGGAGAGAGGCCAUCCCCUGCACCAACUGUGGCCGCAGAGGACACACUGCGGUUCGGUGCUGGGGAGGGUCUCCUAGGGAUUGAGGCAGUAGGCCACGCACUGAUGAGUCAUUCCAGGUGAGUAAGCUAGCAUAAGGCGCUAGUCGAUUCAGGCGCAGCUGGGAAUUUUAUUGAUCGCUGUUUCUCGUAUAAGUUAGGGAUUCCUCUUAUACCAGUUGAUGUGCCCUUCCCCAUCCAUGCCCUAGACUGCCGCCCUUUGGGGUCGGGAUUGAUUAUGGAGGUCACAGCGCCACUUAAGAUGAAGACGCAGGGGGGUCAUGAGGAGAUUAUACAGUUGUAUUUGAUUGACUCUCCUGCGUUUCCCGUGGUGUUGGGGCUUCCCUGGUUAAUAUCUCAUGACCCCAACAUUUCGUGGCAACAGAGGGCUCUCAAGGGAUGGUCUGAUCAGUGUGUCGGGCGGUGUAUAGGUGUUUCCAUAGGGGCAACGACGGUGGGAAGUCUGAACCAAAUGCCCGCAAUGCACAUUCUUCCUGAGUAUGCAGAUUUGGCACUCGCCUUCUGUAAGAAGAAGGCGACUCAAUUACCACCUCAUAGACAGGGGGAUUGUGCGAUAGACCUCCAGGUAGGCGCUGCACUUCCUCGUAGUCAUGUGUAUCCUCUGUCUCAGGAGGAGACGGCAGCUAUGGAGACAUGCGUCACCGAAUCUCUGAGACAGGGAUACAUACGGCCAUCCACUUCCCCUGCGUCCUCGAGUUUCUUUUUUGUGAAGAAGAAGGAUGGGGGUUUACACCCGUGUAUUGAUUACCGUGGUCUCAAUCAGAUUACCAUUAAAUACAGCUAUCCUCUCCCUCUGAUUGCGAGCGUGACGGAGUCAUUACAUGGGGCGCGAUUCUUCACAAAAUUGGAUCUCAGGAGCGCUUACAACCUGGUGCGCAUUAGGGAAGGAGAUGAAUGGAAAACAGCAUUCAGUACCACCUCGGGUCACUAUGAGUAUCUCGUCAUGCCAUACGGUUUAAUGAAUGCUCCUUCAGUCUUCCAAUCAUUUGUGGACAAGAUUUUCCGGGAUUUGCAUGGACAGGGUGUAGUGGUGUAUAUUGAUGACAUUCUAAUAUACUCCGCUACACGAGCCGAGCAUGUGUCCCUGGUGCGUCGGGUGCUGGGUAGACUGUUGGAGCAUGACCUGUAUGUGAAGGCGGAGAAAUGCCUGUUUUUCCAGGAGUCCAUCUCCUUCCUGGGACAUCGGUUGUCCGCGUCAGGGGUGGAGAUGGAGAUUGACCGCGUUUCAGCCGUGCGUAAUUGGCAGACUCCCACCACGGUUAAGGAGGUGCAGCGGUUUUUUGGGUGUUGCCAAUUACUACCGGAGGUUUAUCUGGGGUUUUGGACAGGUAGCAGCUCCCAUCACCUCUCUGCUAAAGGGGGGCCCGGUGCGUUUGCAGUGGUCGGCUGAGGCGGACAGGGCGUUUAGACAUCUGAAGGACCUGUUCACCUCGGUUCCGGUGCUGGCACAUCCGGACCCCUCUUUGGCGUUCCAAGUUGAGGUGGAUGCGUCCGAGGCGGGGAUCGAUGCUGUACUGUCUCAACGCUCGGGCACGCCUCCAAAACUCAGCCCCUGUGCUUUUUAUUCCAAGAAGCUCAGUCCGGCGGACCGCAAUUAUGACGUGGGGGACAGGGAGCUGCUAGCGGUAGUUCAAGCCCUGAAGGUGUGGAGGCAUUGGCUUGAGGGGGCUAAACACCCUUUCCUCAUUCUGACUGACCAUCGUAACCUGGAGUACAUCUGGGCAGCGAGGAGACUGAACCCUCGUCAGGCUAGGUGGGCUAUGUUUCUUGCCCGGUUUGUAUUUAAGCUCACGUAUAUACCAGGGUCACAGAACGCUAAGGCAGACGCCCUGUCCCGGCGAUAUGACACAGAGGAGAGAUCCAUUGAGCCCACUCCCAUACUUCCGGAGUCUUGUCUAGUGGCACCGGUGGUGUGGGAGAUCGAUGCGGAAAUCGAGCGGGCGUUACGUACCGACCCUACUCCCCCAGAGUGUCCAGAGGGGCGGAGGUACGUGCCGCUCGAGGUCCGUGAUCGACUGAUAUAUUGGGCUCACACGUCACCCUCCUCUGGUCAUCCGGGUAUUGGUCGAACGGUGCACUGCCUUAGCGGGAAGUACUGGUGGCCCACCUUGGCUAAGGACGUGAGGGUUUACGUUUCUUCCUGCUCGGUGUGCGCUCAGUGUAAGGCGCCUAGACACCUGCCCAGAGGGAAGUUACAACCUCUACCCGUUCCACAACGGCCGUGGUCUCACCUAUCGGUGGAUUUUGUCACAGACCUUCCCCCCUCCCAGGGGAAUACCACGAUCUUGGUCGUUGUGGAUCGGUUUUCUAAGGCCUGCCGUCUCAUUCCGAUGCCAGGUCUCCCUACAGCCCUACAAACGGCCGACGCCCUGUUUACUCACGUCUUCCGGCACUACGGGGUGCCUGAGGAUAUAGUGUCUGAUCGGGGUCCCCAGUUCACCUCUAGAGUCUGGAGGGCGUUUAUGGAACGUUUAGGGGUCUCGAUUAGCCUUACCUCGGGUUUUUACCCUGAGAGUAAUGGGCAGGUGGAGAGAGUAAACCAGGAUGUGGGUAGGUUUCUGAGGUCCUAUUGCCAGGACCGGCAGGAGGAGUGGUCGGGUUAUAUCCUCUGGGCAGAGAUAGCCCAAAACUCACUUCGCCACUCCUCCACUAAUCUUACGCCUUUUCAGUGUGUGUUGGGUUAUCAGCCGGUCCUGGCACCCUGGCAUCAGAGCCAGAUCGAGGCUCCUGCGGUGGAUGAGUGGUUUCGGCGCUCUGAGGAAACAUGGAACGCUGCGCAUGUCCAUCUGCAGCGGGCUAUCAGAAGGCAAAAGGCGAGCGCCGAUCGCCACCGCAGUGAGGGUCCGGUUUAUGCACCGGGAGAUCGGGUCUGGCUCUCGACCCGAAACCUGCCCCUUCGCCUGCCCUGCCGUAAGCUGGGUCGGCAGUUUGUGGGGCCAUUUAAAGUCCUGAGGAGAUUGAACGAUGUUGUUAUAGGUUACAACUGCCCAUAAAUUACCGCAUUAACCACUCGUUCCAUGUGUCUCUCCUCAGGCCGGUGGUAGCUGGUCCACUCCAGGAGAAUGAUAUACGAGAGGCUCCUCUGCCCCACUAGACAUCGAAGGGGCUCCGGCGUACUCAGUCCAUUCUAUCAUGGAUUCGAGGCGUCGGAUGGGGGGUCUGCAGUAUCUCGUGGAGUGGGAGGGGUACGGUCCGGAGGAACGGUGCUGGGUCCCUAGGAGGGACAUCCUAGAUCCCUCCCUGUUGAGGGAUUUCCACCGGAGUCAUUCGACUCGCCCUGCUCCGCGUCCUCCUGGCCGUCCCCGAGGCCGUGGUCGGCGCACGGCUGGAGCCGCGCGUCAAGGGGAGGGUACUGUCACGGAUUCUGCCGAGGCUGCUCCUCCUCCUUGCCCGGGCAGGCUUCGGCGUUCGUCGUCCCCGGAGUACUAGCUGCUGCCGAUCGAUGUUUCGGUGUUUGUCUUGUUCAGUCUUGAGUGUUUACACCUGUUCGCUAUUAUGUUUGAUUGUAGUCUCUAUAUUUACCCCUGUCUCUCGUUUGGUAAAUUGUGUGUUAUUGUUUUGUUUCCCGUAAGGUCGGCAUUGCUGUGUCGUAUGCGUGUCAUUGUUUUCCUCCCUGUUAGGAGGUUUUGUUUUGUAUGUUAUUUUACUGGUUAGUAAAGUACGUCUGCCAGUAGCUCUGUGUCCUGCGCUUGACUUCGCUUACCGCAUACACGUCGCCUUUGACACAAACGCAUUAAGAAGGAAAUAAAUUCCACAAAUUAUCUUUUAAGAAGGCACACCUCAUGAAGCUGGUUGAGAGAAUGCCAAGAGUGUGCAAAGCUGUCAUCAAGGCAAAGGGUGGCUAUUUGAAGAAUCUCAAAUAUAAAAUAUAUUUUGAUUUGUUUAACACUUUUUUGGUUACUACAUGAUUCCAUAUGUGUUAUUUCAUAGUUUUGAUGUCUUCACUAUUAUUCUACAAUGUAAAUAAUAGUAAAAAUACAGAAAAUCCCUUGAAUGAGUAGGUGUGUCCAAACUUUUGACUGGUAUUGCAGGUCUAUAUCUCUCAGAUAUUCAUCCAGCGUGUUAUUCCAUGGAGUUAAGACUAUAAUGUGAUUAAGAGAUUGAAUAAAUAUGCUUUUAUCUUAACCUGUGGGCAUUCGGAUGGUAAUAUGUAUACUAUGUAAUAUAUCUAUGGCUGGUAACAAGCCAUCCAUGCCUUUUGAGCAUCACUUUCCGGCUUUAGCCAUGUGGAGAAAGGGCUUUCAAACAGAUGCCAUUAAAGUCAAUGACAGAUCACUUUGAACUUCUUUGAUCUAGAGGUGGUGUAAAAAGCUACAAUGGAUGCGGCUCUGUUUUAAAUAAUCCCUGCAUGUUGAGUGACAUUGGUGAGAUUGUGUGCAACGCUAACACACCUUGCUGGAACCACACUACACACAACCACGCUACACACACAGUAGGGCUAUUAUUUAGCUGCGCUGACAAGAGUAAGCAGACACUUCUCACACACAGACACACAUAUCGGUCAUCCCAACACAAUGCCUGGUUGCUGCUCAGGGGCUAACCGCUCUCUGUCAAUCAGUCAGCCGUCCAUGUCCGUUCCCGUCUCUGAGACGACUUGUAUCCACAUGGGCGGUGGACACAUCCCGCCAGGACUCCCAGCACCCCCAGAGAGAGCUCCCAUGUGACUCCCCCCGAAGGGGCCCAGGGAUGUGUGCUACCUACCACUGUCCCCACUCCUUCCUGUUGAAUAGAGAAUUAUGAGCUGUUGGCUCCUCAUUAGCUGUACAAGGCUGCAUAGCUAAAAAUGCCCAUUUACUUAUUCACCACAUGUUGCUGCAUUGAUGGUGAGACAUGGACAUUUCCUCUGCCCAUUGCACGGCAAAAUGGGUUUAUAUUAGAUUAUGUUUUGUACUUUUAUAUUUUAAUUACAUUUGUUUUGCAGUGUUUGCGGUGUGUCACUGUGCGCUGUACUUGUUUGCUGUGGUAAUAACACCCUACAGAUGAAGGAUCAUUGCAGGAAAUUUAAAACUUGUAGUGUAUUUGAGGUUUGAAAAGGCUUCUGAAUUUUGUAAUUUUCACUUUGAAAUGAUUUUCCCUUAUGAAAAAUGUAUCAACCCCUACAAAAAUGUCCAUUAAUUAUAAUCCACAUAAUUCACAUUUCCUGUUUCUGUGGGACAAAUUAAGAUCCUACAUCUGUAUGUUUGUCUAUGACAGCUCUAUGGAGUCCCUGAAUGACCUCUGUAUCUCUGUGCUGUCCCCAGCCCCAGACCUAUGGCAUUCAGUCCUGUGGAGGCUGUGUCCCCUGCCACUGUAACUCCUUUGGGUCCAAGUCCUUUGACUGUGACGAGUCGGGCCAGUGCCGGUGCCAGCCUGGUGUCACUGGGCCCAAGUGUGACCGAUGCGCUCCAGGACACUUCAACUUCCAGGAGGGUGGCUGCACACGUAAGAAAUGACUGCCAUCUAACUGGUUGAUGUCUGUGAAUAACUUUCUUCUCAGAAUUGUCUCAUAGAGUAAAGACAGUACAGCCAAUACAAUACAGUAAUACAUCUUCUUUGGGUUUGAUUACUGCUUUCCUUGAUGGUAAAUGCUGGAUGAGUUCAGACCAAAAAGGGUAUUCUCUUGUACAGUUUAAAUGGAACAUUUUGUACAACGUUUUUUUCAGUAGUGCUGCUGAGCCUUUUCUGUUUUGAGCGGAGUCUGUUUUUCCUGCCCCCUUCCCAGCAUGCCAGUGCGCCCAUGUGGGAAAUAAUUGCGAUGGCAACACGGGACAGUGCAUCUGCCCUCCAAACACUGUGGGGGAGAGCUGUAACAAAUGUGCCCCCAACCACUGGGGUCAUGACAUCAUGGCAGGCUGCAAGGUACACCUUCCCUAGGGCUGUUGUGGUGACCAUAUUCCUGCCACAUUGGCAGUCAUGAGUCAUGACCGCAGUAAAAUUCUACGUGACCGUGAGUCAUGGUAAUCUCCUUUUAUGCACUCUGGACAUGCUUUGGUAGUACCAAACUUGCUAACGAACAUCAGGUCCUAAUGACCUGGUACUCAGGGCUCUAUUGUCCCUCUAACCACUGACAUCAAUGCAAAUCCCAUCAAACAUAUAUCUUCAAAACAGUAGGCCUAUAGUACUUUUAAAACUCACCUCACUGUGAUGAUCAAUUUCAAGAAAGAAGUUUAACAGCGGGUUGAAACUGUGUAAAACAUGGUUGUUGUGGAUUUUGUUUCAAAGCCUAACAACGAAAUGGACAGCGCUUUCAUUCAAAUCAACCCAUUCGCAUAUUAGAGCUUAUGCAUAUGCAUAGGCUUAUGAGCCUAUCAUAAAAAUGAUGAUUGUGCCUACACAAUACACAGCCUACCGCAUAUUAGGCAUGGCAGAAAAACACAAAACAAAACUGAUUUAAGAGGUCUUUGGUACAUAAUUGGUCUAGCCUAUACUCCAAAAUUUAACAAAUUUGAGUAAUCGCCUUUGAGUGUGGACUGCAUUAUUAUGCAUACUGGAUGGACUGGUUACCUUAUGCUAUGCUCCAAAAUGUCUAUCCCUGAGUCUUGGAGAAAACAUAUAGCCCUUGGCGAUGCUGUUGGUUCAUUGAUUGUGCAGGGCGGCUUAAACUCAGCCUACAAUUAGUGAAUUUGUAUUUGAUUUUGAAUAGCCUAGUAAUAUAUAUAUAUAUAUUUUUUUAUAAUUAAUUGGGUGACCUGUUACCUUUAGCUAUACAGAAUAUCUCAUCACCAUGUGUUUCCAUCUCCUCCUCUCGCUCCUUUAUUCCUUUCUGGAGCGCACAGAGAGGGGCUGUCAUCAGUUAAUGAAAACAUGUUACUAUUGAUGUUCCCGAACAGAUUUCACUUGUUUUCCCAAACUAAGCACUGGGUAGCUGCAGGAACAAGGUUGGAGAGCCGAUGACAUACAGAGUUUGGGUGGAAUAUCACCUUAAAAGAAGCGAGAGCCUGCUUCUCAAACAGUGGUUGAUGCAUGAAGUGAAAUAAGUGUUCUUAUAUUUAUUUCUCAGCUUCUAAUAUUAAGCACAUGCUCCGCUAUAAAACCGAAAUAGCCUACAAAACCGACCGGUGGGAAAGCGUGGGGCCUCCAUUUGCUAUUCGAGUGCAUACAGAUGACAUUUAUUUUUUCCCCUGCCCCUACCCAUUUGAUUAAUGGGCCAUUAUAAAUCUAAACUAAUUUUACAUAUUAGUAAAGACUAGAUUAAAUUGAGAAUAGUCUGAUGAGUGAAAAUAUGAUCACUUGAAGAGAGAACAGCUAUGCAGCCGGAGGCAAGGAACAGAGCGCAAGCUUUCUUUGCUAUUUUCUCAAAUCAUCAAUAGCCUAUAGUCGCAUCAUGCAGCCCAUAUAUGUUUUGAUUUCUAAGACAUUCGAAGGUUUGUAUCAUUCACAGCUAAAGCUGCCAAAUAACUUUAUAUCUAGCAUAUAGGACCUGUUUCAAAUGAUCACUUUUACUCUCAACAUAGCCAGUUCAUAUGAGCACUCUCCGUAAUGGGAAAACUAUCAUUUUCUUCUUACUAUAAAAUCCUAUAAAAUAAAAUAAUGGCACAGGACUUAUAAGCAUAUCUUGUCAGCCAACUCAUAUUCUGUUCUUCUGAAAUGUAUUAGAAAUGUAGAUGUUCCAAAGGCUUGCAUCAGCGGCUUGUAUGCGUGGAGGCCUGGAGAUGCUAAACGUGUUUAUGUUAAUUAACGGUAAAUUACCGUGAGACCGGCAGCCUUUUGCAUGACAAUAACCGGCUGACAAAACGUCAUGACCGCCACAGCCCUAAACUUACCUCACCUUAUCUCACCUGCCCGCCUCCACGCUGGUUUUGUCUGGCUUUGUGGAAAGUUUGUGGAAUGUUUAACAUAUGAAGCUGAUGGAUUAACCCUUUGUGACUGGGUAUUGAUUCAUCUAAUGGUAUUUUGAUUAUGAAUACCUCACACUCUCCUCCACAGGCCUGUGGCUGUAACCAGGUGGGUUCAAUGACCCAGCAGUGUAACCCCAACACAGGCUGCUGCAUGUGCCGGGAACAGUUUCACGGAGAGAAGUGCAGCGAGUGUAGGCUGGGCUACCGGAACUUCCCACAAUGCAUUUCCUGCAACUGCAACGUGGCUGGUUCGGACAGCCAGACCUGUGAUGCACACCAGGAUGUGUGCACAUGUGCAGACAGCACUGGACAAUGCAGCUGCAAGGUAACCCACAACCAUCAGUUGAUUGUAGUCUACUCUAUUAUAUAUCUCUCUAUCGCCCUAUCUAUCUAGCUCUCUAUCUAUCUAUCACUUAGAAUAUUAAUCACAGGAUGCUGUGCCAGGUGAUUGCAUCAGAGUUCUCAAAAUAACAGCAAGAACCUACAAUGAAAUUCUCCCAAAAGAAACCAAAGCCAGCUCUCCUGGCAUCUCCCUGAUGUAUAUCCAGCACUGAAAUAAUAUUAUCAGUUUUUGAAGUUGGAGUUAUAUAACAUCACUAGGCCUGUAUUUUUAAGCCUCUAACUGCAAUUACCUGUUAAUGUCCCAUUAGCGUGACUACGGCAGAUUGCUCCAUACAGCCUGUAUCUCAACAGCAGCACUCUAGCUCUCUGCACCUACCUAGUACCUUUCCUAUCUGGGCUCAGCACGGGGCCUGUCGCCAGCUUUUGGCAGGCAGCGUAGCGUCUGUGUGUGGGAGGGAGCGUGAGAUGGAAAUAGACCUGACGUGGGGGGGAAGACAUUCAGAUCAGCUAGCGCCAGGCAGGCAGGCGUUGCCACCCCCAGCUCCCUGCCUCAGGGUGACAGUGCAGUGACAGGCUGUCACACAGUGCCAGCGAUGGGAGGUGAUGACCCUCAUUAACAGAGGGAGAGACAGACAGAGAGAGAGACAGAGAGAGAGAUUAAAAAGAUACUUUCAAAUCUGAAGUAAAAGUGACAUUUGAAGAGAAUGUGUGUUGUUGGGUCUCUUGUUGUGCUGUUUAGUGUGUGUGUGUCACUUCUCUCAGUGUGUACUCCUGAGUGGCGCAGUGGUCUAAGGCACUGCAUCGCAGUGCUAAUUGUGCCACUAGAGAUCCUGGUUCGAAUCCAGGCUCUGUCGCAGCCGGCCGCGACCGGGAGACUCAUGGGCGGCGCACAAUUGGCCCAGCGUCAUCCAGGGUAGGGGAGGGAAUGGCCGGCAGGGAUGUAGCUCAGUUGAUAGAGCAUGGCGUUUGCAAUGCCAGGGUUGUGGGUUCGAUUCCCACGGGGGGCCAGUAUAAAAAAAUAUAUAUAUAUUCACUAACUGUAAGUCGCUCUGGAUAAGAGCCUCUGCUAAAUGACUAAAAUGUAAAUGUAAUGUCUUUCCUUGCUGACUGUUUAUUUUAGACUACUGGGAUGGAGGGAUAGAGGGAAGAGGUUGAUGGGGUCUGGGGACGUUAGUGAAGGUCACUGUGAUGGACGGAUAGACGGACAACUGUGGCCGGAGGGGUGUCAUGGCUCUGUGUGUUACAUGAAGCCAUAGCAAUAGAAUUGCUGGCAUCUUUAGCACAGGGGCAUAGGCACGGUUGGGCCUGGGUGGGCGCAGGCCCACCCACUGGGGAGCCAGGCCCACCCAAUCAGAUUUAGGCCAAAAAAGAUAAUAUAUAUAUAUAUACAGUACCAGUCAAAAGUUUGGACACACCUACCCAUUCAAGGAUUUUUCUUUAUUUUUACUAUUUUCUACAUUGUAGAAUAAUAGUGAAGACAUCAAAACUAUGAAAUAACACAUAUGGAAUCAUGUAGUAACCCAAAAAGUGUUAAACAAAUCAAAAUUGCCACCCUCUGCCUUGAUGACAGCUUUACACACUCUUGGCAUUCUCUCAACCAGCUUAAUGAGGUAGUCACCUGGAAUGCAUUUCAACUAACAGGUGUGCCUUGUUAAAAGUUAAUGUGUGGAAUGUCUUUCCUUCUUAAUGCGUUUGAGCCAAUCAGUUGUGUUGUGACAAGGUAGGGUUGGUAUACAGAAGAUAGCUCUAUUUGGUAAAAGACUAAGUCCAUAUUAUGGCAAGAACAGCUCAAAUAAGCAAGAGAAACAACAGUACAUCAUUACAUUCUAAAUAAAUCACUGACAGUAUCACCAGCAAAGCACCCCUACACCAUUACACCUCCUCCUCCAUACUUCACGGUGGGGACCACACAUGCGGAGAUCAUCCGUUCACCUACUCUGCGUCUCACAAAGACACGGCGGUAGAAACCAAAAAUCUCAAAUUUGGACUCAUCAGACCAAAGGACAGAUUUCCACCGGUCUAAUGUCCAUUGCUCGUGUUUCUUGGCCCAAGCAAAUCUAUUCUUCUUAUUGGUGUCCUUUAGUAGUGGUUUCUUUGCAGCAAUUCGACCAUGAAGGCCUGAUUCACGCAGUCUCCUCUGAACAGUUGAUGUUGAGAUGUGUCAGUUACUUGAACUCUGUGAAGCAUUUAUUUGGGCUGCAAUCGGAGGUGCAGUUAACUCUAAUGAACUUAUCCUCUGCAGCAGAGGUAACUCUGGGUCUUCCUUUCCUGUGGCGGUCCUCAUGAGAGCCAGUUUCAUCAUAGCGCUUUGUCACGGUUUCGGCCGAGGCUGCUCCUCCUCCUUGUUCGGGCAGGUUUCGGCGGUCGUCGUCCCCGGAGUACUAGCUGCCACCGAUCUAUGUUUCAUGUUCGUUUGGUUUUGUCUGGAUGUUGUACACCUGUGUCUAGUUAGUCCUCGUUAGUGUCCUAUUUAGUUCUCGUUGUGUGUGUAUGGUGUUGUGUGUGAUUGCUCCUCUGUUUGGUGUUCGGAGCUACGUAUUCUUCCCUUCGUGUUUGGAGAGGUUUUCGCACAUGUUAGUGCGCCGUUUGUUUGACGCCUGUGUGCGCCGUUAUUUCGCCUCCGGGCUUAUUGUUCUCGUGUACUACGUGAAUAACUCAUUAAAGUCUUUUGGACUUAGCUUCUGCGUCCUGCGCUUGAUUCCUGCACCACACCCACCUUCAGCACCCCAUGACAGAAUCACACACCACUUGAAUGGAAUCAGCAGGAGCAACCGUCACGCCUGAGUCGCUGGAGGAGCAUGUCCGCGGCCAGGAUGACCAGAUACGACAACUGGGGACCGCUCUUCAGGACGUCAUCAACACCCUGCACCGAUGGGAGUCCAGAGGGGUACCCACACCUCCACCUACCCUACCAACCCCAUCGGCCGGUCCACCAGUCCCAGGUCCGGAACCCAGUGGGAUUCGGCUCUCGCUCCCGAGGGCGUAUGACGGAACAGCUGCCGGGUGUCAGGGGUUCCUCCUGCAGGUGGAGCUCUACCUGGCCACUGUACACCCGGUGCCCUCGGGACACGAGAGCGUUUCCGCCCUCAUCUCCUGUCUCACGUGCAAGGCGUUGGAAUGGGCCAACGCCGAGUGGAGGAGGAUGGACGCCACCACCAUCUCCUACGCAGGGUGGAAUGAACGGGCCCUCAUCGACCAUUUUCGAUGUAGCCUACGGGAGGACGUUCAACGUGAGUUGGCCUGCAGUGACACCAAUUUCACCUUCGACCAGUUGGUCGAUAUGUCCAUCCGUCUGGACACCCUGCUGGCCACCCGUGGACGUCCCGAGUGGGGUCCGUCCAUUCCACCCUCCGGCACCUCCAAGCCGAGCCCUAUGGAGCUCGGGGGUGCUGGCGCUAGAGGAAGGAGGAGGAGGAGCCCGAGGGGGCCUGUCCCCUGCACCAAGUGCGGUCGUGGAGGGCACACUGCGGCCAGGUGCUGGGGAGGGUUCCCCGAGGGAGGAGACAACAGGCCACGCACUGGGGAGGCUUCCCAGGUGAGUAGACGCCCCACUUACCCAGAGCUCUCUGUUGCGCACUUUUGUAUACCUGUUUGUUUUCCACAGGUUGCACCUCAUUCCCAGCAUAAGGCGCUAGUAGAUUCAGGCGCAGCUGGGAAUUUUGUUGAUCGGAAGUUUUGCUUAGAUUUAGGGAUCCCUCUCCUACCUGUUGACAAGCCUUUUCCCGUUCAUGCUUUAGAUAGCCGCCCGUUGGGGUCGGGGUUGAUUAGGGAAGUCACAGCGCCACUUAGGAUGUGUGCGCAGGGGGGUCAUGAGGAGACUAUACAGUUGUAUCUGAUCGACUCUCCUGCGUACCCGGUGGUGCUGGGAAUUCCCUGGUUAAGCACCCAUAACCCUGCUAUUUCGUGGCAACAGAGGGCUCUCGAUGGGUGGUCUGCUCAGUGUGAGGGGCGAUGUCUGGGUGUUUCCGUAGGGGCGACUUCGGUGGAAAGUCCAAACCAAGUGCCCGCACUGCACAUUCCGCCUGAAUAUGGAUAUUUAGCUCUCGUGUUUAGUAAAGCUAGGGCGACGCAGUUGCCUCCUCAUAGACAGGGGGAUUGUGCGAUUGAUCUCCAGGCAGGAGCAGAGCUCCCACGGAGCCACGUGUAUCCUUUGUCUCAAGAGGAGAGAAAAGCUAUGGAAACUUACAUAGACGAAUCUUUGAGACAAGGAUACAUACGGCCCUCCACUUCUCCCGCCUCCUCGAGCUUCUUUUUUGUGAAGAAAAAAGAUGGAGGGUUGCGCCCGUGCAUCGAUUACCGUGGUCUCAAUCAGAUUACUGUGAAAUACAGUUAUCCACUCCCUCUGAUUUCAACCAUGACGGAGUCAUUGCAUGGAGCGCGGUUUUUCACAAAACUGGAUCUCAGGAGCGCAUAUAACUUGGUGCGCAUUAGUGAGGGCGACGAAUGGAAAACAGCGUUUAGUACCACGUCAGGUCAUUUCGAGUAUCUCGUCAUGCCAUAUGGGUUGAUGAAUGCUCCAUCAGUCUUCCAAUCCUUCGUAGAUGACAUUUUCCGGGAUAUGCAGGGGCAAGGGGUGGUCGAGUCCAUUGAUGACAUUCUAGUGUACUCGUCUACCCGAGCCGAGCAUAUAGCCCUGGUGCGUCGUGUAUUGAGGAGGCUGUUGGAGCACGACCUAUAUGUCAAGGCAGAGAGAUGUCUGUUUUUCCAGGAGUCGGUCUCCUUUUUGGGUUAUCGGUUGUCCGCGUCAGGGGUGAGAAUGGAGGUGGAUCGUGUGUCAGCUGUGCGUAAUUGGCAAACCCCAACCACUGUCAAAGAGGUGCAGCAGUUCUUGGGCUUUGCGAAUUACUACCGGAGGUUUAUCCUGGGUUUUGGACAGGUGGCAGCUCCCAUCACGUCCCUUCUGAAAGGGGGUCCGGUGCGCCUGCAGUGGUCAGCUGAUGCGGACAGGGCCUUUAAGAGACUGAAGGACCUGUUUACGUCGGCUCCGGUGCUGGCGCAUCCGGACCCCGCAUUACCCUUUCAGGUAGAGGUGGACGCGUCUGAAGCCGGUAUAGGGGCCCUGCUCUCUCAACGGUCCGGCACGCCACCUAAACUCCGCCCCUGUGCUUUUUACUCAAAAAAGCUCAGCCCGGCGGAGCGAAAUUAUGACGUCGGGGACAGGGAGCUGUUAGCUGUAGUUCAGGCCCUUAAGGUGUGGAGGCAUUGGCUUGAGGGGGCUCAACACCCUUUCCUCAUUUUGACUGACCAUCGGAACCUGGAGUACAUCCGGGCAGCGAGGAGACUGAACCCUCUCCAGGCUCGAUGGAGUAUGUUUCUCGCCAGGUUCGUAUUUAAAAUCACGUACAUCCCUGGGUCCCAGAAUGGUAAGGCAGAUGCGCUGUCCCGGCGGUAUGACACGGAGGAGAGGUCCGUUGAGCCUACUCCCAUACUACCGGAGUCUUGUCUUGUGGCACCGGUGGUGUGGGAGGUCGAUGCCGAAAUCGAGCGAGCGUUGCGUACCGACCCCAGCCCUCCACAGUGUCCUGAGGGUCGGAAGUACGUUCCGCUCGAGAUUCGGGAUCGACUCAUUUACUGGGCUCACACGUCACCCUCCUCUGGACAUCCGGGUAUUGGCCGGACAGUGCAUUGUCUUAGCACUAAAUACUGGUGGCCCACGUUAGCCAGGGAUGUGAGGGUUUAUGUCUCCUCCUGCUCGGUGUGCGCCCAGUGUAAGGCGCCCAGACACCUGCCCAGGGGUAAGUUACAACCCCUGCCCGUUCCACAACGACCAUGGUCCCACCUCUCGGUGGAUUUUGUGACAGACCUUCCCCUCUCUCAGGGGAAUACUACCAUCCUGGUCGUUGUGGACCGGUUCUCUAAGGCCUGUCGUCUUCUCCCUAUGUCGGGUCUUCCUACUGCCCUACAAACCGCAGAGGCCCUAUUUACCCACGUCUUCCGGCAUUACGGGGUACCCGAGGAUAUAGUGUCUGAUCGAGGCCCCCAGUUUACCUCCCGAGUAUGGAGAGCGUUCAUGGAACGUUUGGAGGUCUCAGUGAGCCUUACCUCAGGGUACCACCCGGAGAGUAACGGGCAGGUAGAACGAGUCAACCAGGAUGUGGGUAGGUUUCUGAGGUUGUAUUGCCAGGACCGGCCUGAGGAGUGGGCUCGGUACAUUCACUGGGCCGAGAUGGCCCAGAACUCUCUCCGCCACUCCUCUACCAACCUAACCCCCUUCCAAUGUGUGUUAGGUUACCAGCCGGUUCUGGCACCUUGGCAGCAGAGCCAUAUCGAGGCCCCUGCGGUGGAUGAUUGGAUGAGGCGCUCGGAGGAGACGUGGAACGGUGCACACGUCCACCUGCAGCGGGCCAUCCGUCGUCACAAGGCGAGCGCCGAUCUCCACCGCAGUGAGGGGCCGGUGUACGCACCCGGAGAUCGAGUCUGGCUCUCUACCAGAAACCUACCCCUCCGCCUGCCCUGCCGGAAGCUGGGUCGGCGGUUUGUGGGGCCUUUUAAAGUCCUGAGAAGAUUGAACGAGGUGUGUUAUAGGUUACAUCUGCCUGUUGAAUAUAAGAAUAUUAACCCCUCGUUCCAUGUGUCUCUUCUCAGGCCGGUGGUAGCUGGUCCACUCCAGGAAGGUGAGAUAGGAGAGACUCCUCCGCCCCCAUUGGACAUCGAGGGGGCUCCGGCGUACACCGUUCGGUCCAUCUUGGACUCAAGACGCCGGAUGGGGGGUCUCCAGUAUCUCGUGGAGUGGGAGGGGUACGGCCCGGAGGAGCGGUGCUGGGUGCCGCGGAGGGACAUCCUAGACCCAUCUCUCCUGUCAGAGUUCCACCGGGACCAUCCCGCGCGCCCUGCUCCGCGCCCUCCUGGUCGUCCCCGAGGCCGGGGUCGGCGCACGGCUGGAGCCGCGCGUCAAGGGGGGGGUACUGUCACGGUUUCGGCCGAGGCUGCUCCUCCUCCUUGUUCGGGCAGGUUUCGGCGGUCGUCGUCCCCGGAGUACUAGCUGCCACCGAUCUAUGUUUCAUGUUCGUUUGGUUUUGUCUGGAUGUUGUACACCUGUGUCUAGUUAGUCCUCGUUAGUGUCCUAUUUAGUUCUCGUUGUGUGUGUAUGGUGUUGUGUGUGAUUGCUCCUCUGUUUGGUGUUCGGAGCUACGUAUUCUUCCCUCCGUGUUUGGAGAGGUUUUUUUUUUUAGUGCGCCGUUUGUUUGACGCCUGUGUGCGCCGUUAUUUCGCCUCCGGGCUUAUUGUUCUCGUGUACUACGUGAAUAACUCACUAAAGUCUUUUGGACUUAGCUUCUGCGUCCUGCGCUUGAUUCCUGCACCACACCCACCUUCAGCACCCCAUGACACGCUUGAUGGUUUCUGCGACUGCGCUUGAAGAAACUUUAAAAGUUCUUGGAAUUUUCCGUAUUGACUGACCAUCAUGUCUUAAAGUAAUGAUGUACUGUUGUUUCUCUUUGCUUAUUUGAGCUGGGGGGGUGCAACUCAUGUUUUGUACACAUGUUAAUGUUUUGUACACUCAGUGAUGAUGAUAAUGAUAAUAAUAAUAAUAAUAAUAAUAAUAAUAAUAAUACAUUUUAUUUGGCAGAUGCCUUUCAGUACACUUAAGGACAUCAUACAUACAAUCUAGUGCUGUUCUUAAAAUCUAUUUCAUUUAGGCCUAUGUAAUGAAUUUGAAUUAUGCUUGAUUAUUAACCCCCCCCCCCCCAAAAAAAAAAAACACACACAAAAACAGCUUAUCAAUAUCAAAAUAAUGGGCUGGUUCUGGCACAUGUCACUUUGCACUGAUACCAUGUGCAAUAAACAGUAGCUAUCGCUGUGUAGGCUAGGCUACACUAUGUAGGCUACUCAUCGUUAGCUAGCUAGCUAAGACUCACUAGCCUACUUGGCUAGCGAAAACAAAUACAAUGGCCAAACAAAGCUCAAUGUUCAAUUAUUUGAAUAUACUAUUUUCUUUGUGUAUAGAAGAGGAUGUUGGAAAAUGUGCUAAGUUAUAGGCAAAUGCAUGAAACAAUAUUUAUUUCCAGUCAAUGUAAAUAGCCUAUCAUUUUUAGGAAUGUAAUUUAAUUGGAAAUAUAACUUUGCCCUAUAUGCUAUUGAUCAUUUAAUUGAUAUCACAAUACAUUGUAGACAGACUUGAUCUCCCGCGCCCAGCAGAGAAUUGCACUCGGCUUGCAUUUUGACUCAAAGUGAUCUCGACUAAGAAAAGGUUGGUGACCACUGUUAUAGUCUAUAUCGGCUAUGGCUGUCUAUUGUGAUCAUUAAUGUUUAAUCAGGGCAUUAUGGUCUAGUCUCAUAGUCUAUUAAUUAUAUUAUUAUUAUUAUUGUAGGUUUAUGUGAGUCGCAUGUUAAAGAGUCAUGGAUUUACGUAGGCCUACAAGACUAUUUGGUCUGUAAUGCGAAAUCACAUGUUAGAUGGUUUGUUGUGUGCGAUCGAUUACAGUAGGGUAUAGGGUAGGCUAUGCUUUUAUGAUGAUUUAAAUCAAAUCAAAUUGUAUUUAUUAUAUGCGCCGAAUACCACAAGUGUAGACCUUACUGUGAAAUGCUUACUUACAAGCCCUUAACCAACAAUGCAGUUUUAAGAAAAUAGAGUUAAAAAAAUAUUUACUAAAUAAACUAAAGUAAAAAAUUAAAUAAAAUAACACAAUAAAAUGACAGUAAUGAGGCUGUAUACAGGGGGUACCGGUACUGAGUCAAUGUGCGUGGGUACAGGUUAGUCGAGGAAAUCUGUACAUGUAGGUAGGGGUAAAGUCACUAUGCAUAGAUAAUAAACAGUGAGUAGCAGCAGUGUAAAAACAAACAUUUAACGAUGAUUUGAGUGCCCUGCCAUCAACGGAUUUCUACACAACUGCCUUAGCAUCCUCUUUACAGACUGGUGUGUAAACAAAACGUUCAUGGCACAAACAAUGUCUGUUAUGAAUGUGGCUUCUCAGUUCUCCCUAAUUCAUGGCACAACCAAUGUCUGUUAUGAAUGUGGCUUCUCAGUUAUCCCUGCUUUGGGAGUAUAUUAACUAGGGGAAAGCAUCAGAUAAGAUCGAAGGGAAACGUUCCAUAUAAAAUAGUGUUUUUUGUGUGAUACACCCUUAUCAGGGCUAUCACUGUGUAUGUCUGCUGUGUGUGGGGGUAUGCCCUUUAUCAUUCCUCCUCAGUGACAUGUCUGCCCCUUUGAAAUGCACCUACUGUACCUAUUCACAUGGCUGCCUUGGGAUUCUUCUGACUAUCAUCUUCUUUGAUCAAUACAGAGCAGAGUAAGGUGAAGAGAACAAGAGAUUACUGUCAUGGUUAUUUAUAGCUUGGCUCUAUCUCAAAUCAGAUAUAUCGCUAGGCCUGUAAUAUAUUUGCAAAACUAUUCAGAUGUGUUUUGUAUUCAGGUCGUAUGUAUACUCUACUGAAAACUGCAAUAAUACUGUACCUGCUAUGAAUUUUACAAUAUUGACCAGCCAUUUUGGACUGCAAAUAGCAGUGUUAUUGCUGAGUGUCUGUGUGUUGUGUCCCUAGGCGAAUAUACAGGGUCUAAAGUGUGACCAGUGUAAGUUGGGGACGUUUGGCCUGAGCACCAGGAACCCACUGGGCUGCAGUCAGUGUUACUGCUUCGGUAUGUCCAGCACCUGCACUGAGGCACAGGGCCUCAUCCGCAUGUGGGUAAGUCAAGUCAUGAAGAAAUGUGACAGAAAUACGCACACAUGUACAGUGUGGGCACAUGCAUCACCUAUCACAUGCAAGUCCACCCACUCACAGGAACAGACUGAGGUACGGUAUUCGUACACAAACAUACAGUUACUGUGUGUGCACUCAAAUACAUCACGCAACAUGCACGCACACACAGACAAACACUAAUAUGAAUAAUGUUCUAUGCUAUCUUGAAAUAUGUGUCCUGUGUGGCUCAGUUGGUAGAGCAUGGCAUUUGCAACGCUAGGGUUGUGGGUUUGAUUCCCACGGGGGGCCUGUUUGAUAAAAACAUGUUUUAUUGUUUAUUAUGCACUCACUACUGUAAGUCGUUCUGGAUAAGAGCGUCUGCUAAAUGACUAAAAUGUAAUGAUAUUGUAAUGACAACAUUUGUUUUCAAGCAACAGUUAACCAACAUUAAUUAGUUGGAUAUAAACUUAUGUGCACCCAAAGUACUGAAAAAGCAUAGAGGGAAAUGCCACAACACAGCUAUAUGAUUUCAUGGGCAACGGAGAAGAUAUUUAUAACAUGUGAGUGGUUCUCCUCCAUUGCUUCAUUCCCGACCAGGAAUUUAUUCCCCAUCUUAUUUUGCUGUAAUUUAAGGGACGCAUAGAGAACCAGGGGGACCAGGCACAAACAGGAGGCUAGCCUGGUACAAGGGGGGUAUAGGGGGCUUGAAAGCAGGCAGUCUGGGAGCUGCAGCUUCCAUGUUUGUUUUAAUAAGGAUUUCCUCCCAGAGCGCCACAGACCUGAUAACCCUCCGCCCGCUGUAUCCAUGGAGACUGUGGCUGAGGACAUUGGCAGAGGGACCCUUCUUUCAUAUAAAUGGAAACGACAAACAAAUGAAAUAAAGGUUGCCGUCCCAAAGUUAAUCUAAGUUUGUUUGCUAUAAGACGAAGAGGAAAAAGGGGGCCAGUUGAGAAUCCUCUCCCUCAUUUAUUGGAAGGCAGGAGAUUUUCUCUAAGUCAGUGAGUCGUGAGAUUGCAUGGUGAGGUGUGGGGCACAGCCCGGCCCCCCUGAAGCCUUUAGUGAGCCCUACGCUGGAUAUUUAGAUGGGAGUGGAGAGGAGUGUCUAAAAAAACACUGUUUUGCUCCCAGAAAAUGUUUUACCCUUCUGUGUGUGUACUUUACUGUAAUUAUACUUGGGAUAUUGCUUUUCAACAGUAAAAGUUCACAAAUCGCUGGAGGACGUCUUUAAAACAGGGGCCUCAGAGGCAUAGCCUACUGUACAGGAGUGGCUUCUUAAAGAUAUUCAUGUUCUAUUUGCCCAAUGAAACACGUCUCUGGCCUGGCCUCAGGAUGUGAAAUGCAUUUUAAUCUACAACUAUAUGAGAGGCUGAGUCCUGGUGUGGAAUUGGAGAAUAGAGUUGUCCAAUGUCACAAAGGCUGCUUUUCUUUUGAAAUACCCUUGCAUAAUCCACUUGCAACAUAAGCACUUAAAACUCUUGGAAAAUACCUUCUCAAAUACAACCCAUUAUCUGUGUAUUUUGUGUGACAUUUAUAAGUGAUGCUGUUUGUUUGUUGUCUCUGUACUGCUGCAGUUGUCCCUGAAGCCAGAGCAGACCAAGCUGCCCGUAGUGGACGAAGCCAACCAGCAGGAGACCACACAUGGAGUGACCUUCCAGCACCCAGAGAUCAUCGUUAACGCUGACCUGGUCACCCAGAAGCUGACCGAACCCUACUACUGGAGACUGCCUGAGCAGUUCCAGGCGUCCAUGGUGAGGGCACCCUCAUCUCAAAGUUAUUUAACAAGUUGAUAAGAAGUGUACAAUCGACCGCUGACAUAUACUGUAUAAUUGCUUGAGACUGCUUUACGUAUAACCUGUGUGUGCAUUAAACCCAAACAAGCAGGUAUCUGGGGUGAAAAUGUAUGUAUUUGAAUUGAGAACUGGUGAACAUUGCUGCUUUAAAACACUAUUCAACUUGGACUUAUCAGGAGUUGACUAUAUUCUGUUCAGAGAUGGGUAUUGUACUAACAAGUUACUAGGAUGGUUUCUCCUCUUUAGAUCACAGCCUACGGCGGCAAGCUGAAGUACACCAUCUACUUUGAGGGGCAUGACGAGACAUGCCGCACCUCCUACGAACCACAGGUCAUCAUAAAUGGAGGGGCCAACAGAAACAAGGUGAUGGUCCACCACAUGCAGGGACUGCAGAUUGGACAACUCACCCGCCAUGAGAUCGACAUGACAGAGGUAAGGACAUGGGCUUACAUGGUGGAUCUCGUUGUCAUUACUGUUUCCUAACCUCUGAAAAUGCAGUUAUUAUCCAUAUGACACUGAAACUCGCUUGUGUUGUUAAAACACAUUAUGGGCCUUUGUGAUGGAUGCCAUGCCAAUGCAUCUCUUGUCUUUUUCCCAAUAGCUCUUCAAAGCUAGAUUCUAACCUCUAAAGAUGCAGAAAUUAUAAUUUGAAGUGAUGUUAUGAACAUGUUUUGUUUUUCAGCACGAGUGGAAGUACGAAGACAAGAAGGCCAUGACACGCAAGGACUUCAUGGACCUGCUGUUUUAUGUUGACUACGUCCUCAUUAAGGGUUCCCAUGGGAACAUGAUGAGACACAGCAGGUGAGCUCUCCUCUCUGUCUCUGUCUGAACACACAAUGGGCUAAACUGAGAUAUCCGCUGUUAGAGAGCUAAUGCAUUGACUGUUUACUCUGCACUCUUCAUUUCAGUAUCACUGUCAGCUUAAUCAUGUCAUGUUAACAUGGAUCACCCUCUGCUUUUAACAGUGACCUGUUCAAUCCAUUUAAUGAACGAGGGGCAAUAGCAUAAUAGCAUAUUUCAAGCAUAGAGAAGAGAACGCAGAAUGUCCAUGGAAAAGUGUUUUAUUGUUGCCAUUGGCUCACAUGGCUGUCGCUCUCUCUCCCUUUCUCUCUCCCUCUCUCUCCACUAAAUCCAGGAUCUCUGAGAUUUCAAUGGAGGUGGCAGAGGAGGGAAGGCCGUCCGUGGAGAGUGAGCGGGCUCACCAGAUAGAGAAGUGUAACUGCCCGCUGGGCUACUCCGGCCUGUCCUGCGAGGUAGGCUAGCUAGCCACACCACCAGCUGUGUCUCUGUGUCUUCCAUCAGACCGUCAGCCAUGGCGACAGCGUAAUCCAUCAGAGAGGGCUGUGUGUGUGUGUCUCCCAUCAGACCAUCAGCCAUGGCGACAGGUGUGUGCGUGCCUGUGAGUCAGUCACAGUCCAAUCAGAGCCACAGCCGUGGAGUCAGGCUGAAACACCUGUUAGAAACAGUUCACAUCCUUCUCAUCAAAACUGCUAGCUCACUCCCUCUUUCUCACACAUCCACCCAGACACCUCGAAUGCUCCCCCACUCUUUAGUGCGUCUCUACUCCACUCCUAAUUAACUCUUGUUGUGUUACUACGACAACCUCCAUCCAGACCUGAGUGUUACUGAUGUGUCUCCUACUGGAUUCCUCAUAAAGGUGGCUGUAAGAAAACCAGACAGAUGGCAAUUAUUUGAAGCUGCCACAUAGUUAAUAAAGUAUUUUUAAACAGGCGUUUAAUGUGUUUGCCGGGAACAGAUGGCGCCUCAAAUUGACCCGAUUAAUUCUCAGUGAGUAUGUCUCGUUGGAGCUCCAUAGGAGCCCGGGACUCCCAUGAGCGUCUCGGGGAGGGCUGGGGUGGGGUGGGGGGAUGUAACAGCCUAACCGGUAACCGUCUGUCUGUAUUUCGCCCAUCGGCAGGAAUGUGGGGCCGGGUUUUACCGCCUGUCUGCCCGCAGCGGUGGCGCGGCCUCCAGAGUGGGCAUCGGAAGCUGUGUGCAGUGCCAGUGCAACGGGCACAGUGAGGCCUGUGACCCGGAGACAUCCAUCUGCCAGGUAAGCUCUUUACAACGUCCCUGUGACCUGAUGAGGAUGGUGCCAUUGGCAAUGGUUGGCAGACUGCCCUGUGACUGCACCCUUACCUGCCCGCUCUACUCUACUCUCUCUCUACCAUAGAUGGCUAAUUAGCCCUUUACUUUAUAGCACCGUUUCACAGUUUACAUCAGCCCAGACCUUUAUCUAGCAAAUAAAAAAAUGCUCUGCCUUUCAUCUCUAUGUUCUCUGCUCACCUGGGAGUCUGAAAAGUUACGCUGUCUUUAAGUGUAGAGGAUCAGCACAUUUGUUCAGAAGCCAGUUGAUAGGCUACAUGGUCCAGUGGCACCAGGAAGUAGAAGUGUCUGGAAUAGAUUUGACUGGUAAAAACUCAAAUCAAAUCCAAUCCAAUCUAAUGUUAUUUGUCACAUACACUUGUUUAGCAGAUGUUAUUGCGGGUGUAGCGAAAUGCUUGUGCUUCUAGCUCCGACAGUGCAGUAAUAUCUAACAAGUAAUAUCUAACAAUUUCACAACACAUACCCUAUACACACAAAUCUAGUAAUAUAAUCAUAUAUACAUAUAUGGACAAGCAAUAACAGAGCGGCAUGGACUAAGAUACAGCAGAAUAUUAUAGAAUAGAAUACAGUAUAUACAGUGGGGAAAAAAAGUAUUUAGUCAGCCACCAAUUGUGCAAGUUCUCCCACUUAAAAAGAUGAGAGAGGCCUGUAAUUUUCAUCAUAGGUACACGUCAACUAUGACAGACAAAUUGAGAUUUGUUUUUCUCCAGAAAAUCACAUUGUAGGAUUUUUUAUGAAUUUAUUUUCAAAUUAUGGAGGAAAAUAAGUAUUUGGUCAAUAACAAAAUGUGGCCAGUGAUUUCAAUAGGCAGCAGCAGCCUCUAAUGUGCUAGUGAUGGCUAUUUAACAGUUUGAUGGCCUUGAGAUAGAAGCUGUUUUUCAUUCUCUCGGUCCAAGCUUUUGAUGCACCUGUACUGACCUCGCCUUCUGGAUGAUAGCGGGGUGAACAGGCAGUGGCUCGGGUGGUUGAUGUCCUUGAUUAUCUUUUUGGCCUUCCUGUGACAUCGGGUGCUGUAGGUGUCUUGGAGGGCGGGUAGUUUGCCCCCAGUAAUGCGUUCGGCAGACCGCACCACCCUCUGGAGAGCCUUGCAGUUUCGGGUGGUGCAGUUGCCGUACCAGGCGGUGAUACAGCCCGACAGGAUGCUCUCAAUUGUGCAUCUGUAAAAGUUUGUGAGGGUUUUAUGUGCCAAGCCAAAUUUAUUCAGCCUCCAUACUAACAAGGAUGUAACGGUAGAGAGCAGUCCAUGUCGUUUAAUACAGAACAUAAUGAGCCCUUCAGAUAUAAAACUCAGACCUCUAUGGUCCUUUGGUCAAGAUAAUAACCAACAGAGCUCUUAUUCUCUGCUUCCCAAAUUAUCCCCUAGAGCACAUACAUUUGAAGUCGGAAGUUUACAUACACUUAGGUUGGAGUCAUUAAAACUUGUUUUUCAACCACUCCACAAAUUUCAUGUUAACAAACUAUAGUUUUGGCAAGUCGGUUAGGACAUCUACUUUGUCCUAACCGACUGUAAACAAUUGUUUACAGACAGAUGAUUUCACUUAUAAUUCACUGUAUCACAAUUCCAGUGGGUCAGAAGUUGACUUUGCCUUUAAACAGCUUGGAAAAUUCCAGAAAAUGAUGUCAUGGCUUUAGAAGCUUCUGAUAGGCUGAUUGACAUCAUUUGAGUCAAUUGGAGGUGUACCUGUGGAUGUAUUUCAAGGCCUACCUUCAAACUCAGUGCCUCUUUGCUUGACAUCAUGGGAAAAUCUAAAGAAAUCAGCCAAGACCUCAGAGAAAAAACUGUAGACCUCCAGUCUGGUUCAUCCUUGGGAGCAAUUUCCAAAUGCCUGAAGGUACCACGUUCAUCUGUACAAACAAUAGUACACAAGUAUAAACACCAUGGGACCACGCAGCCGUCAUACCGCUCAGGAACGAGACGCGUUCUGUCUCCUAGAGAUUAAUGUACUUUGGUGCGAAAAGUGCAAAUCAAUCCCAGAACAACAGCAAAGGACCUUGUGAAGAUGCUGGAGGAAACAGGUACAAAAGUAUCUAUAUCCACAGUAAAACGAGUCCUAUAUCGACACAACCUGAAAGGCCGCUCAGCAAGGAAGAAGCCACUGCUCCAAAACCAUCAUAAAAAAGCCAGACUAUGGUUUGUAACUGCACAUGGGGACAAAGAUCGUACUUUUUGGAGAAAUGUCCUCUGGUCUGAUGAAACAAAAAUAGAACUGUUUGGCCAUAAUGACCAUCGUUAUGUUUGGAGGAAAAUGGGGGAUGGCUUGCAAGCCGAAGAACACCAUCCCAACCGUGAAGCACGGGGGUGGCAGCAUCAUGCUGUUGGGGUGCUUUGCUGCAGGAGGGACUGGUGCACUUCACAAAAUAGAUGGCAUCAUGAGGAAGGAAAAUUAUGUGGAUGAAUUGAAGCAACAUCUCAAGACAUCAGUCAGGAAGUUAAAGCUUGGUCGCAAAUGGGUCUUCCUGAUGGACAAUGACCCCAAGCAUACUUCCAAAGUUGUGGCAAAAUGGCUUAAGGACAACAAAGUCAAGGUAUUGGAGUGGCCAUCACAAAGCCAUGACCUCAAUUAUAUAGAACAUUUGUGGGCAGAACUGAAAAAGCGUGUGCGAGCAAGGAGGCCUACAAACCUGACUCAGUUACACCAGCUCUGUCAGGAGAAAUGAGCCAAAAUUCACCCAACUUAUUGUAGGAAGCUUGUGGAAGGCUACCCGAAACGUUUGACCCAAGUUAAACAAUUUAAGGGCAAUGCAAUCCAAAUACUAAUUGAGUGUAUGUAAACUUCUGACCCACUGGGAAUGUGAUGAAAGAAAUAAAAGCUGAAAUAAAUCAUUCUCUCUGCUAUUACUCUGACAUUUCACAUUCUUAAAAUAAUGUGGUGAUCCUAACUGAUCUAAGACAGGGAAUUUUUACUAGGAUUAAAUGUCAGGAAUUGUGAAAAACUGAGUUUAAAUGUAUUUGGCUAAGGUGUAUGUAAACUUCCGACUUCAACUGUAGAAGCCUGCCCUGCCUCAUGUUUUAGGCUGGAACUGGAACUCUACGUUGUCAUAGCAAUCCCAGCGUUCAUUUACAUUUGUGCUAAUAACAACACAUUUGCAUUUUAUGGAGCAAGCAAAUUGAAAAUGUUAAAUGGGAUUGUACAGCGUAAUUUGGGUAAUUGAGGUUCACAGGAAGUUAAUGAAAGUCUUUUGAAUACCCCGGCUCAGUAGGCUGCAACUUCUGCUGACUGAUUAGUGUUGCUGCUCUGAAUUGGCAGUUUGGCACUUUUUCUCAGAGCAGAGCGGUGGAGAGAGGAGAGGAAAGGAAAACAGCCCUGGGCUGACAGGGAUGGCCCCAAGCUCAGGCUCUGGAAGGGCCCUCACUUCAAAACAACAGCUAACACACAUCCACCCUCCACCCGACAACCACUGGGUUUAGUUUAGUUUGAUUCUGAAGGUGUAUUUGAACUGAAUGGUUAUGAAUGUGGAUAUGACAUUAGUGAUGGGACGGGUGUCUUCUCUACAGAACUGCCAGCACAACACAGAGGGGGACAGGUGUGAACGCUGUGCCCCAGGAUACUAUGGUGUAGUGAGGGGCAGACCUGGCGACUGCAAGUCCUGUGCCUGCCCCCUCACCAACCAUGAGAACAAGUAAGUCACAGAGACAGGUGAAUGGCUCUACUACUGUACAAUAAAAGCUGUUCUCAUAUGUAACUCUCUUUCUCUUAGGUUCAGCCCUUCCUGUGUGACAGAGGGAUUAAAUAACUACCACUGUACUGCCUGCCCUGAGGGCUAUGAGGGAAAGUACUGUGAGAGGUAACAACUCUCUACUCAACAUAUAAAACCCACAAGGGUCUUUGUGAAUCGAACUGUAACUGAACUCACCUCAUCAGUGACUUUGCUAUCCCACAUUGCUAACAGAACAUCACUUCCAGUUAGUUAUCUACUCUAAACAUGGUUUUCGCUCCUCUAGAUGUGCCACAGGUUAUCACGGCGACCCCCGUGCCCCCGGCGGGAAGUGUGAGGAGUGUAAGUGUGACCCGUACGGGGCGUGGCCCCAACCGUGUGACCCCCGCUCGGGCCAGUGCCGCUGCCACCCCGGGGCCACUGGUCACACUUGCAGCCAGUGCAUGGAGAGGCAUGUGUGUGGACCCUCUGGGAUCGUGUGUACGUACACUAAUAUAACUUACUAA